GAGCGCGCAGGCGCUCGGGGCGGGCGCGGCGCGGUUGCCGGAAGGGCCGCCCCGGCCAUGCCGAGCCUCGCUGGGUUCCUGCGGGUGCGGGCGGCGCCGGUGCGGAGCGGCGGGGCCAUGCCCGGGAAGGGAAAAGCGGCCGCCAAGGGCCCCGCGGAGCCGGGCGCCGCCGCGGGACCGGUGGUGGCGGCGGGCGGCGGCUCCGUGAGGGUGGCGGUGCGCGCCAAGCCCGGCGCUCGCUGCAGCGCCGUCACAGAUGUGACGGCUGAGGCAGUAGGUGUAGCUAUUGCUGCACCUCCAUCAGAAGGGGAGGCAAAUGCCGAGCUGUGCCGUUACCUCUCUAAGGUGCUUGAAGUGAAGAAGAGCGACGUUAUUUUAGAGAAGGGGGGUAAAUCACGUGACAAAGUGGUGAAGAUUUCAGUAUCAGCGACACCAGAUGAGAUUUUAGAAAAACUGAAAAAAGAAGCUUCCAGUUGACCUAAAACAAGAGCAGGAAAUAGGAAAAAGCAUCUUGGUAUAUGGACUGAUAUUCUUUCUUACUUAAUGCAGUGCUGUUGCGAGUGUGGGUAAUGACUACAGGAAGAUACUUCUUUCCCCUCGUUAAUAUAGCUGCUGUACAAUUGAAGUUCUUCUGUAGGUUUGGUUAGAAAACUGAGACUCUGUAUCUGCUUCUGUCACUACAGACUUCCUUCUGCUCUGGUUUCCUGUGGGUAAGAUUUUUCCUCUUUCCUGGUCCCUAAACAAAUGGUUUAGGAAAUAUUUUUUUUAGUGGAGCAAACAUUGGUUAACAAAGUGAGAAGCUUGGAGUGACAGCAUUCCAUGUGGGAACUGGUACAAAAGGACAAAUCUGGAUGGCAGAGACAUAAAAAGGGACUGUUCUCUCUGAUAUCUCACAGCAGGUACUGUGUGCAGCUUUUCACUGUGGGCACUUACAGAUAUCUAAAAUAAAUGUCUUUUGAAGCCAGUGUGCUGUUGAAGUUUUCAGUCUGUAAAACCAAUGCAGAACCCGGUCAUUGCACACGUGGGGUCACUUUGUAAUAGUCUGUAAAUAGUUUCCUUAAAAGUAGAGAUUUGGUCAUAUAUAUCUUUGCUAAUUGUAUGUCACCUGUAAUGACUGUUUUUAAUAAAAGGGGCAAAAAUAU